AUGUCAAUCGACAACGAACGCACUCCUUUAAUUCAACACCAUGACCACCAUCGGGCUUCCAACACAUCGGGCUCCAUUACACCCUCCUCGUCAAUGACCGCUUGUGCAAACGGUGCAGCCAAAAACGUCCAAGAAGCACGGUCCACAAAACGAAAGCUAUGGUUUGCCGUUUCUUUGGCCUGCAUGUUCUUCGUCACCGAACUUGUAGCAGGUUACUUUGCAAACUCAUUAGCUCUCAUGUCGGAUGCCUUUCACUUGUUAUCUGAUGUGGCAAGUUUCUUUGUGGCAUUAAUCGCUAUUUAUUUGGCCGAACGUCCGCCUACAAAACGCCAUACAUAUGGUUUCCAUCGUGCCGAAGUCAUUGCCGCUGUAAUCUCGGUCAUUACUAUUUGGGUGCUGACAGCAUUUCUCGUCCAUGAAGCUAUUCAACGAGUGUUGUAUCCACAAGAGAUUAACGCACCUUUGAUGUGUGUCACAGCCGCCAUUGGUGUAGGUGUGAACGUAAUCUUGGCCAUCGUUCUUGGAGGACAUCAUCAUCAUCACCACCAUGACGAAGAAGAUCAUAAUGGACAUCAUCAUGAUGAAAACAUCAACUUGCGUGCUGCUGCAUUACAUGUUCUGGGAGAUCUAUUGGCAUCCGUCGGUGUCUUGAUUUCCUCAGUGGUGCUGUUGUUUAAACCCACCUUCACCAUCGUUGAUCCCAUUUGCACGUUCGUGUUUGCACUUAUUGUCCUUUAUACCACGUUUCAUUUGAUUACCGAUUCCGUGGGUGUGCUGAUGGAAGGAGCCCCUGGUCACCUGAAGCCUGAAGCCAUCAUCAAAUCUCUCACAGCUAUUCCAGGCGUCAUUGCUGUUCAUGACUUGCAUGUGUGGACAUUGUCACCGGGUAAAACAUCUUUGACGGCACAUAUUUUGGUAGAAAAGGAUGCCCAAACCCAAUACGAUGAUGUACUCUACAAGAGCCAACGAGUUGUAUGUGAUGAAUUUGGUGUCCAUCAUUCCACGCUUCAAAUUGAAUCGGAAGAAGCUCGGUUCACGAGUCAUUGCCGACCAGAAAUCUGCAGCGCCAGGGUGUAA